GGAAAAGGUUAUUGGAAGCUUCUGACGUUUUAGAUAGUGAAGAAAUAAAAUAAGAGUAUGCUUUACAGUUUGGGUGAAGUGCAGCUAUACCACUCCAUAUUGUUUAAAUUAUUGUCUUAUUUUUGCAACUGCAGGGCUUUGUGAGGUAGCAUGACCCUCUUGAACCUGUCCUUUUCUGCAUGUGGAUUUUUGGGAAUCUACCACUUGGGGGCUGCUGCUGCUCUUCAUCUGCAUGGAGAGAAACUUCUGGGAACACUGAAUGCCUGUGCUGGGGCAUCAGCAGGGGCACUUGUGGCAACAGUGCUUGUAACUGUGCCUGAAAAAAUAGAGGACUGCAAAGAAUUUACAUAUCGAUUUGCUGAUGAAGUCCGAAAACAGAAACUUGGAGCAAUGACGCCAGGUUAUGACUUCAUGCACACACUGAAGGAAGGGAUAGAGCACAUUCUGCCUCCAAAUGCACAUGAGAUUGCUGGGAAUCGUCUCUCUGUAUCAAUCACACAUUCCAAGACCGGAGAAAAUUGCAUGGUCUCAAGUUUUUCCUCUAGGGAAGACCUCAUUAAGGUCCUAUUAGCUAGCAGUUAUGUACCGCUGUAUGCUGGGAUUAAAGCAGUAGAAUACCAAGGAGACAAAUGGAUUGAUGGGGGUCUUUCAAACAGUCUUCCUGUCCUUCCCGUGGGCCGCACAGUGACUGUUUCACCUUUCAUUGGCCGCUACAACAUCUGCCCAAAAGACUCUGGUUUGAUGAAUGUUUAUAUUAAAUUGGCAAAACAGGAUAUAAGGCUGUCCAAGGAUAACAUUAUAAGACUCAGCCAAGCCUUAUUCCCACCCAUGCAGGAGAAAAUGGAAGUCUUGUAUCAGAAUGGCUACGAUGAUGCUGUGCAAUUUCUAAGAAAGGAAAACUGGUUUCAGUAGCUGCAAUUCAUUACCUUGUGCCUCAAAUCCUGUUAGCCAUUGUGAACAUAUUUGUUAUUUGGGGCCCGGGGGUUCGGGGACAAGACUCAUUGUAAGGUGCCAUUGACACUAUGUAUAGCUAUGGCCAAAAGUUUUGCUUCACCCUAUAUAUAUAUAUAUAACUAAUUAAUUUUUCUUCAAGUCGAAUCAAACCUGAUGAAUAAUGUUAUGUUAACAUGUUGAAUUAAAUACUGCUUUGUAGUUUUCCAUAAACUGACAAAAAAU